AUGUCUCUCGAAGAAAAAUUCCAAGCCGCAGUUGAUAUUGUUCAAAAAUUGCCUAAAGAAGGUCCUCUACAAACUUCAAACGAUCAAAAACUUAAAUUCUACUCGUUGUUCAAGCAAGCUACAAUUGGAAAUGUCAACACUGAGAGACCUGGAAUUUUUAGUCUUGUUGAACGGAAGAAAUGGUUUUUAUUUUAA